CUGUCUAUGAAUGGUAUUGUAAAUAUGUUUAUCCCCGCUACAUGGAGAGUUAGCUAAAAUAAAACACUUCCCAGUAUGUUUUAUACUUGUAGGACAAAGUUAAAAUCAAAUUUUUGCAUUCAAUUUGUCAGAAAGCUAUGUGAGGAGUCAUCUCAACUUCAUUUGAAGAGCAAAUAUGAUGUAGUAAUUAUUGGUGGGGGUCAUAAUGGACUAGUAGCAGCAGCGUACCUGGCCAAGGCUGGAGCGAAGGUCUGCGUCUUGGAGAGGCGCUAUCUGUUGGGUGGUGCCGCAGUCACUGAAGAAAUCAUUCCUGGUUUCAAGUUUUCCAGAGCAUCUUAUGUUUUAAGUCUCUUAAGACCACAGAUCUACAGUGAUCUCAAUUUGAAGGAACAUGGCCUAAAAGUUUACCUACGAGAUCCAUACUCAUACACACCAUUGCGAGAACAUUUCUGGAAAAGUACUCAAGCAAAAUCUUUAACUCUCAGCAGGAACCACUUAAAAAAUCAAGAAGAGAUUGCAAAGUUCUCAAACAAAGAUGCUCAGGUUUACCAAAAGUAUGAAGAGCUCUUAUCCCGUUUAGUUGAUGCUGUAGAGCCUCUCAUGGAUAUAUCUCCUCAUAGCCUUAUGAAUACAUUGGACCAACCCUCUGCUUGGGGGAAGACCCUCUCUGCCUGGAAUAAUAGUAGUAAUCUCACAGAACUUGUGAAGAUUGUCUUCAAAAUGGGAAAGGAUAUUCGGCCUCUGUAUGAACUCAUGACUGCCUCCCCGAAGAAGGUGCUGAAUCGGUGGUUCGAGUCAGAGCCCUUGAGAGCUACCCUGGCCACUGACGCUCUGAUAGGUACCAUGGCCUGUACUGACACGCCUGGUGUAGGGUAUGUGCUGCUCCAUCACGUAAUGGGCGGGGUGGAGGGGGUGAAGGGCGCCUGGGCCUAUCCCGAAGGGGGUAUGGGCGCUGUUUCUGCCGCCAUAGCUACUUCAGCAAGAUCUUUUGGUGCUGAACUGUACACCGACCAGAUGGUGACCGCGAUAAAGACAGACAGUUCGGGGGCAGCGGUAGGGGUCGUGACCUCUAGUGGGAUUGAGGUCGACGCCAGACUGGUCCUGUCCAACGCUACCCCAGCAGCAACGCUCAGCCUGCUACCUCCCGGAACACUCAGCGAGGAGACCACCUCUGCCCUGCAGGCCAUUCAGUACGAGUCACCGGUCACAAAGAUUAACGUGGCCCUAAGUCGCAUACCGCAGUUCUUGGCCAAUCCGACCGCGAGCAGUGACAGAGUGAUGCCUCAUCAUCAUGCCACCAUACACCUCAACUGCGAGAACUGUGAUAUCGUAGACGAAGCCUACAGAGACGCCCAGAGAGGGGUUCUUCCCACCAGGCCCAUGAUAGAGAUGGUGUUGCCGUCCAGUCUAGACCCGACCCUAGCGCCUCCUGGUGCCCACGUUUGCCUCCUCUUCACCCAGUUCACCCCUUAUCACCUGGCCGGUGGACGAGUGUGGGACACGAUGGUCAGGGAGGAGUAUGCCCAGAUGGUGUUUGACUGUAUAGAAGAGUACGCCCCGGGGUUCAAAAGCUCCGUCGUUGGAAAAGAGGUCCUGGCCCCGCCCGAUCUAGAACACAUAUUUGGACUUUCAGGCGGGAACAUAUUCCACGGGGCGAUGACCAUGGACCAGAUCUUCCUGAGCCGGCCAUUAGCUUCGGGCUCCGCCAGCCCCAUGACUCCCGUAGAGAGACUACUACUGUGCGGGUCGGGGGCACACCCAGGGGGUGGCGUGACGGGGGCACCGGGUAGGCUGGCAGCCCUGGAGGCGAUUAAUAUGCUCAAACUGUAACUUCCGGUCAUGUGAUAGCCAAGACAUCUUAGCCAAGACACCAUGGGUGGGAUUAAGUACAAGUUUAAUAUAAGAUUAUAAGAGAAAUAAAUAAAAUUACAAUUAAAAAAUUCUUUCUGAAAUCCUUACGCAAAUACAUAAAUACAAUACUGUAUUGAAUUAUAAGUCUUAGUUCUUAUAAGUGUGCGCGCCUGGUAUAAUAUGUAACAUCUUAGGUUUUGAUGAUUUUAAACGUAUGGUAUAUUUUUGCCUUACUGUAGAGAAACACCUGCAGUCAACUAUAUUAAACCUAAAAAGCCAGUAAUACACGUCAGCCUGUACAGGUAGGUUGAAGGGGCGGAGCUUUCUCGUGAUUGGCUUAAGCUUAACGACGCUUAACACGUUUCUUUAGCACUGGCUGCCAACUUUUUGACAAUUGCUCACUAUCCUCUUUGCUUGAAUUAUAGAGAUAGAAGGUGAUUACUUAUCUUUAUUGACGCAUUUGAUUCGAUUUAAAUAUUCUUAUCUCAUCUCGCCAUUUCAGUUAGAUAAGCCUUUUGAGGUUUGGUUUGUGUUAUCGUUUUAUUGUUUACUAUUUUCGACCAUGAAUUUGAUAACAUCUCGACCUAUGGUAUAAUUUAAGGUUGUCUUCUUACUACUCAUGAGCCAUCUCCCUGAUUUGAUUAAAAUUAAUUGUUUCUUAAUGUACAUGAUAGCCCUUGUUAGAUUUUCUUUGAUAGCUUUGCCUCAUUAAUAUAGAAGGUUUAAUUUCAUUUUAGUUGUUUUUGAAUAGUACUGAUACGCAAAAUGUUAUUAGUUUAUCUGUAACGUUUAAAGGGUCAUAUAAUUUAAUAAUAAUCUUUUGUUAUAAAUGUAAUCAGAACUGUUAUUUCUGGUAUAUAGAAAUAAUGUUAAAAAGUACAAAUUAAGAGUUUAUAAAAAAUAUUGUAUUAAUCAUUAGCACGGAAAUAAAUUACACAAUAUUUUAUAUAAUUACAUAAUUUAAUAAUAAAGUAAUUUAUAAAAUAAUACACUAAGAUUCGAUUGUCUUGAUCUAGUCCUAAAACACAGUUUUAAGUGCAAUCUUGAAAUUUUAUGUUUUAUACUGAGGAAAGAAGUCGGUGGGAAUUGAAAUCCCGGCUGGAAAGUUUGCACAACUCGAAGAACGCCAACACUUUGCCUUAAAGGGUCUCAUUAUUGUGCAGCAAUGUAAUUAAGGUCAGUCUCCCCUUGUAGCUCUUCCUGGCUUCAUAACAAAACCCAUUUGCACGGGAAUCUUGCUAAGUCGCUGCUUCCGACUCAUUACUUCCUGUCGGGUAGCUAACACGUCGGUUUAAAGGGUUUAUUAUUGCGCAGCAACGUAAUUAAGGUCAGUCUCCCAUGGUAGCUCUUACUAGCGUCAUUGCAAAUCCCAUUUGCACGGAGAUCUCACUAAGUUACUGCUUCCGACUCAUUAUUUCCUGUAGAGUUGCCCCGAAAGGGUCUUAUUACUGUGCAGAAAUGUAAUUAAGGUCAGUCUUCCCUUGUAGCUCUUUCUGACUUGAUAACGAAUCCGCUCUGAUCUCACUAAGUCGCUGCUACCGACUCAUUACUUCCUGACG